UGGACAAAGUUUUAUUCAAAAACAGCAUUUAACUCGGCACAUGAUGAUUCAUACUGGUGAAAAGCCGUUUUCAUGUGGGAACUGUGGACAAAGUUUCAGUCGAAAACAGCAUUUAACUCAGCACAUGAUGAUUCAUACUGGUGAAAAGCCGUUUUCAUGUGGGAACUGUGGACAAAGUUUUAGUAGAAAACGGGAUUUAACUCGGCACAUGAUGAUUCACACUGGUGAAAAGCCGUUUUCAUGUGGGAACUGUGGACAAAGUUUUAUUCAAAAACAGCAUUUAACUCGGCACAUGAUGAUUCAUACUGGUGAAAAGCCGUUUUCAUGUGGGAACUGUGGACAAAGUUUUAGUAGAAAACGGGAUUUAACUCAGCACAUGAUGAUUCAUACUGGUGAAAAGCCGUUUUCAUGUGGGAACUGUGGACAAAGUUUCAGUCGAAAACAGAAUUUAACUCAGCACAUGAUGAUUCAUACUGGUGAAAAGCCGUUUUCAUGUGGGAACUGUGGACAAAGUUUUAUUCAAAAACAGCAUUUAACUCGGCACAUGAUGAUUCAUACUGGUGAAAAGCCGUUUUCAUGUGGGAACUGUGGACAAAGUUUUAGUAGAAAACGGGAUUUAACUCAGCACAUGAUGAUUCAUACUGGUGAAAAGCCGUUUUCAUGUGGGAACUGUGGACAAAGUUUUAUUCAAAAACAGAAUUUAACUCGGCACAUGAUGAUUCAUACUGGUGAAAAGCCGUUUUCAUGUGGGAACUGUGGACAAAGUUUUAUUCAAAAACAGGUUUUAACUCGGCACAUGAUGAUUCAUACUGGUGAAAAGCCGUUUUCAUGUGGGAAUUGUGGACAAAGUUUCAGUCGAAAACAGGUUUUAACUCAACACAUGAUGAUUCAUACUGGUGAAAAGCCGUUUUCAUGUGGGAAGUGUGGACAAAGUUUCAGUCGAAAACAGCAUUUAACUCGGCACAUGAUGAUUCAUACUGGUGAAAAGCCGUUUUCAUGUGGGACCUGUGGACAAAGUUUUAGUAGAAAACGGGAUUUAACUCAGCACAUGAUGAUUCAUACUGGUGAAAAGCCGUUUUCAUGUGGGAACUGUGGACAAAGUUUUAGUAGAAAACGGGAUUUAACUCGCACAUGAUGAUUCAUACUGGUGAAAAGCCGUUUUCAUGUGGGAACUGUGGACAAAGUUUAGUCGAAAACAGCAAUUAACUCGGCACAUGAUGAUUCACUCUGGUGAAAAGCCGUUUUCAUGUGUGAACUGUGGAAAAAGCUUUAUUCAUAAACAUCAUUUAGCUCUGCACAUGAGGAUUCACACCGGUGAAAAGCCAUUCUCAUGUGGAAACUGUGGAAAACGUUUUUAUCGAAAACAGCAUUUAAAUCGGCACAUGAUAAUUCACACCGGUGAAAAGCCAUUCUCUUGUGGAAACUGUGGAAAAAGUUUUUUUCUAAAACUGCAUUUAACUCAGCACAUGAUGAUUCACACUGGGGAAAAGCCGUU